UCCGGUGCUUAGUAUUAAGCACCCAAACAUGCCACCAUUCGUUGCGCCACUGAAACUUUACCAGACAUCCUGGAAAGCAGGAGGAAAGUUGAAAGUAGACCAGACGUACAACUUUACAUGGAAGUUGCCCAUAUAUAUGGGCUUUGGAUAUUUAGUCAGGUUUCAUUUCUGUGUGCUUGAUGCCGGGAUGGCAGAUAAAGAGCAAUCCGAGUUCACUAUCCUCAUCAAUGAUCAGAUGGCAGAAACUCAAGCUGAUGUGAUCAAAUGGAGCGGUGGCACAGGUACUCCAGUGUACAGGGACUACGUGGUGAUAAUGAAAGGAGACAGAGAAGGCAGCAAGUGUGAUCUCUUGAUUUCCCUACAGUCACCUGAUGAGUUAGUCCUUGGACUCCUUAAUGGAGUAGAGGUGUUCAAGUUGAGCAACCUUAAGAACAGUCUUGCAACUCCAAAUCCUGCAAUUCCAAAAAGAGUUUCUGCUGCUUCAAGCCUAAAGAUUCAUAGCACGUUCUUAGCUUUCGGCCGAAGCAAUAAUGUUGUGACUGGUCUGACCAUCGUAAUCAUUUUAGUCGAUGUAAUAGUCUAUAGGUUCCGGCAAAUUUGGGAAGAGAAGUUCCAUCUUUAUAAGAGAAGAAAAGAUAUAGUAGCAGCCACAACUGAGCCAUCUUUUACUCGCUUCUCACUUGCAGAAAUCAUGUCAGCAACCCAAAACUUUAGUGAUGCACUAAUAAUUGGUAAGGGAGGCUUCGGUAAAGUUUAUAAAGGGUGCAUUCAAGGUAUUUCACAGUUGGUUGCCAUAAAAAGGUUUAAGUCUAGCUCCAAGCAAGGAGCUCAAGAGUUUUGGGCUGAAAUAGAAAUACUGUCCAAGCACCGGCACAUUCAUCUUGUCUCUUUGAUCGGCUAUUGCAAUGAGGCCCAAGAGAUGAUCCUUGUGUACGAGUACAUGGUUCAUGGCACACUUGCUGAUAAUCUCUAUAAAGUUGGCAACAAGGUGAAGGAUCGUGCACCUCUUGAUUGGGAGAAGAGGCUUAGAAUCUGCAUUGGUGCUGCUCGUGGACUGGAAUACCUUCACACUAGUAGUGAAGAGGGAAUCAUACACCGGGAUGUAAAGGAUUCAAACAUCCUGCUGGAUGAGAACUUUGUAGCCAAGAUUGCAGAUUUGGGACUAUCAAGACUUGAAAGCAUUCCCCUAUCAAAGAGCUAUAUUAGCACAAAUGUUAAAGGCACGCUUGGUUAUCUGGAUCCUGACUACUGUACGACUCACAGGGUAACAAGAAAAAGCGAUGUAUUCUCCUUUGGUAUUGUGCUGUUGGUAGUUUUGUCUGGGAGACGUGCCAUUAGCACUGGAACUCCAGAAGAACAUCGAAGUCUUCUGUCAUUUUUCCGAGAAUGUAUCGAAGGAGGUGAGCUUGAUAAGAUAAUUGAUCCUAGUCUACAGGGGAAAAUACCAUCAAACAGUCUUAAAGAAUUUGUUAAAUGUGUUGAGAACUGCUUGAAGUACAAUCCCAAAAAACGACCAUCAAUGACUCAAGUGGUGGCAAACCUGGAGUAUGCACUGGAGCAGCAGGAGAGCCCUAUUUUUUCUCCGAUGUUUUCUGUAUCAGGGGUUGAGACAGCAGGGGGCCAGCUUUUUGAGAAGGGAGCUACCGAGUCUUUUCAACUCAGUCAGCAUGAGGAACCUCCAAUACUGGAGGAGAGUGUCAUUUCUCGUCCAAAUGAGGUCACAACCAGCAAACCGCUUCAAAAAACUGCCUCAACAUCAAAUGGAAAAGACUUGCAGUCGAGUAAAAAAGACUCUGCUCUGAUACGAAGGCCAUCAAAAGGUUGGCUGUGGAAAGCAGGUUGGAACAUAGGUAAGCAAACGAAGAGAACGCAUUUCAUUUUACCCAAUGUCUCUGGUCCUCGGUUCUCGCUCAAGGAUAUCCAAGCAGCUAUGGACAUCUCUGUUGAUCAUCAUCAUUUUAUCAUAGAUGGGGAACUCAGGAAGGUAUACAUCGGACAUAUGAAACAGCACCCAGAACUCGCGUUCUCCAUAUACCAGCUUCCAAUCGGUAGACGUCACAAGGAGGUUUUAGACGUUUGCACUCAUGAGAUUGAGAGGCUAUCUCGACUGAGGCACCCAAACUUGCUGUCCUUGGUUGGGUACUGUCACGAUAAACUUCAGGAUCAGAUCCUCCUUAUCUACGAUCACAUUGGCUUUGCAACCCUCCAAAGCUAUCUGUAUGGCAGCAAAACAACUAAUCAUCUCCAGUGGAAGAACAGGCUCCAGAUUGGCAUUGGGGUGGCGCAGGGACUGGAUUACCUCCAUAAAGGAACCAGAAGCACAAUUGUCCAUCACGACGUAAGGUUGGAAAAUAUCCUAUUGAAUGAGGAUUUGUGUCCUAAGAUAUUGAAUUCCGGGUUGUCCAAACUAAGCCCUGUUGCUCAUCUUGAGAAGGCCCCCUCGAAGAGUGAACUACCGUGGCUGGAGUAUUUGUCUCCUGAAGUAAUAACCUCCGGAUUGCAAGCGUCGGAAAAAUCAGAUGUGUACUCAUUCGGUUUGGUGUUACUGGAGCUUCUGUGCUGUCAAAAAACAAAGGAUUUCCAUCUCUGUGUUGGAAACGAUGAAAGGUAUCUCAAACAUUGGGUCAAAAAUCACAUAAAAACAAAGACACUGGAUGAGAUUAUCGACCCGAGUGUGGAAUGGGAAAUUGCAUCAGCAUGCUUAGCUGAAUUCUUGAAGAUUGCUUUUAACUGCUUGCGUGUUCGGAAAGCAGAAAGGCCCUCGAUGAGUUAUGCCAUUGAAAAGCUAAAGUUUGCACUGCAACUACAGGAGAAAGCAGAAACAAGAUUCCAAGAUUACAAGGGACAAGGUCUUGAUAGUCGUUUCAACUUGGAGGAUAUUUACCAGGACACACCAUAUCUGGCGUAUGACUAGGAGUUUUCCAACAGCAUUCUUUCUUAGUCCACUUUCCCAAAGGGUGCUGUAGAAAUAAAUAAACAGACCAUUGAAUGUCAAGUCCUUUGGGUUUCAGUCCAGAUUUUCCUUUGUUAUAGAUAGAUGGCAGUUGUAGAGUGUUUUUUUUUUCUUUUUUGGAGCAGAGCCUAAUUUUGUGCUAUCGUGUUUGUUGAUGUGUAUGAUAUUUCUUGAUGCUUGUUUGUACCCCUCAAAGUUUUUUCU